AAUUUUGAUAUCAAGAAUUUCAAGCUCAACAUCUUAUCGAAUGUGCAUAUAUUGGGCCCGAGCCCAAUAUUCAUUAUCCUACUUGGGCUCUAUUGGGCCGCCGUUGGACCACCGAUGCUAUGCCAGAAGUUACAGCCCGGUCCAUAACAAUUGGGAGCCGCGAAGGUAAAAUACCUAGGCAGAAUAAUGGCGGGAAACUGCCAAACAAGAAUCCGAACCCUCGGUGCGGCUCUUCUCCUCCUCCGCGCCUCUCCUCGGUUUCUGUCGCUCUCUCUCUCCCUUCGUCGACCAUGUCCCAUGUCGAAACCGUAGGCCUGCUGGACGAGAUAGAAGCUCUCGUCUCCGAUAAGCUUCAAGUGGUUUCUUACAAAUGGUUGAGUCGCAAUUUUCUGGUGUCAUCAAAUUCUGCAAAGAGGCUGCUUCAGGAAUUUGUUGAGAAACAUGGGAGUGGAUUGGAAGUAGCGUAUACUUUGGCUGGCUGGUUGAGGACUGAUCCGCCAAUUUAUCAUAUAAAGCUUGUUUCUGGGCCUAAACUUUCAGAAGUUAAAGAAGAAUUUGAUGGCAAUUGCUCAGUUCAGGUAUAUAGUGUGCAACCUUGCAUCCCAAAGGAUCCAGCUGCACUUUGGAAUGCUGAAUUUGUACAAGCAGAAGAGCUCUUUAGGCAGCCGCUAGCAGUUGAUAAUUGCCUGAGAGAUAAUAGGUUUUGUGGGAUUUCUAAUUCCUUUGUCAAGCGCAAUGCUGAUGGAACACCUGUAACCAUUGUGGCUCCACAUCCCAAAACUGCAGGAGUAUCAGGGCUGUCUAAAAGUGACUCUGUACUUCAAACUGCAAGUGUUCCACAACCUCAGCGGAGGAAAAUACAGCAAUCAAGCACCGAAGGUGUUCGGCAGUCAACCAAUCUUGUAACAAAUAUCAAAAGUGAAAGCAAUAGUGCUGGGGUCCAUGACCAGGUUAGCAAGCCUCCUGCAGAUAAAGAAAAAGUUCCUCCCUUGCCUGCUAAUAAAAAGAAAGGCCAGAAUGAUAAAAGCUCUUCUGGAACUGGAGGCUUAUUAACUAAUCUAUGGGGCCGUGCUUCUGCGAAGACAAAGCCCAGUUGUGCACCAGCAGAAACUAAUAAAUCUGUUCCAAAUGCAACUGUUAGUGCGGAAGCUCAGAUUUGUGCUCAAGAAGCAGUAGAGGGUGGGAGCAGUGAUGAUGAUGAAGAUGCCAAUUUUAAAAGAGCCUCUAAUGGUGAAAGUGGUAGAAAGAGGAGGGUUGUUUUUGAUUUCUCAGAUGAAGAAAAUGAUUAUGAAGAUGCAGUCAAUUUAGCAUCGCCAGACCUUCCAAAAGUGCAAUCACGUUUUGAUUUGAAACAAAGUACUAAAUCUGUGGUUCCAGGGAAAAACAUUUUGAAUUGUGGUGGAAAGAUAGAAGACAAACCAAAGGUCAAGGAGGAUAAAGCAACUAACAGAAAGUCUGACCAAUCGUUGGCAGAAGAUUCAUUGGUCAUCAGCAAAAGCAACAGUUCUGAGCCCUCCUCUUCAGAGAAGACCCAAAGCCAUAUUUCUACCGAUGAUGUAAAUAAGAACGAUAAAGUGAUUGAUGCUGCUCCAAAUUCACCGAAAAGGAGAAAAGUUUUGAAGACGCGGAUUGAUGAGCGUGGGAGGGAAGUUACUGAAGUUGCCUGGGAGGGCGAGGAGACACAACCAAAAAAUGAUACCAGUAGCACAGAGAAGAAAGCCAAUAACAGUUCAGAUGCAAACAAUAUUAACAGGCCUCCUGUGGCUAAGUCUCCAGCGGUGGGAAGCGCUGCCCCAUCUAAUCCGGUGGGCAGACCAGGAACCAAAAAGGCAGGGAAUUCAAAGGAUCCAAAGCAAGGGAAUAUCAUGUCAUUCUUCAAGAAAGUAUGAUGGGGAUUCAUGAAGGGUGAAACAUGCAUGAGCAAGUCAGUAGUUAAUUCUCUCAUUUGGGAGCCUUGCCCGUGUAAUUAUAGAUUGAGUUGUAACUAAUUUCAUUUUUGGUUGUUCUUUUUGUGUCAUCUUUCUUCCACACUUGCCAAAUAUGAGGGGUGCAAUGUAUUUUUGUUUUUCUGCGUAGUUGAUUUAUAGAUGAGCUGGGUUUUUUUUUUUUUUUUUUUUAAGAAGGGUGCAACACGAGAACUUCUCAAGAGGUCACCCAUCCUAAUACUACUCUUGUUUAAGCACGCUUAAUUGCGGAGUUAUGAUGGGAUCCGGUGCAUUAGUGUUGGUA